AUUAAAUAUGCGUUCGAAUUAUGCAACAAAUACAGAGAACGGAUCUGCAGCUAAGCCAUAAUAAUAUUUCGAAGGUAAUAGAAAAGGAGAAGUAAAUGAAUUGAAAAUGUAUCAAUAUAUUCAUUGAAUAUAGAUUGGUAAAGAAUACUUUAAAUGAAAAGGAUGAUAAAAAGAAAAGAGAAGUAGUAAAAAAGGUGAUUGCGUAUAUGACAUUGGGUAUUAUAGAAUUGUAGAUUAGGAAUCGAUGUAUCUAAAUUAUUUCCUGAAAUGUGUAUGGCAUCUUAUACAAAUGAUUUGGUAUAAAAAAAAAUGAUAUAUUUAUAUCUAACAACAUAUGCUGAAUAGAAUAAAGAUAUGGCAUUUAUGGCUAUAAGUACAUUUUAAAAAGAUUGUAAACACAAUGAUCCAAAGAUUAGAGGUUUUGCAUUGAGAAAUUUAUGUUCACUUAGAUUUAGUGGUGCAAUAGAAUUUUUGAUGCCAGCAAUUAAAGAAGCUUUAUCAGAUAUUGAUGCAUAUGUUAGAAAAACAGCUAUAAUGGGAUGUGUGAAAGUAUUUUAUAUGCAACCAGAGUAAUUAAACAAUAUAGAGGAUUCAUUAUAUAAAAUGAUAAGUGAUAAUGAUCCACUAGUUAUAAUCAAUGCAAUUCAUGCAUUAAAUGAAAUUUUAGCAUCUGAAGGUGGAAUGGCAUUAUCAAAAAAAAUGGUUGAUUAUUUAUUAGGAAGAUUGAAAGAAUUUAAUGAAUGGGGAUAGGCAACCAUUUUAGAUGAGUUAGCUAAAUAUUCUCCAAAAGAUGAUAAAGAAAUGUUUAACAUCAUGAAUUUAUUAGAAGAGAGAUUAAAACAUUCUUGUUCUGCAAUUGUCUUAGGAGUCAUAAAGGUCUUUAUGAAUUUCACUAAAAAUAAACCUCAAAUUUAUGAAUAAGUUAUAACUAGAGUUAAACUACCUUUAGUAACCUUAGCAUCUAUUAGUGAAGGUAAUUUUGAAAUUAUGUACACGAUUUUGUGUCAUAUAAAAUAUAUUACAUCUAAAGGAUAUAAUUCUGUAUUUGCAUCUGAUUAUAAAUCAUUUUAUUGCAGAGUUGAUGAACCAACUUAUAUAAAAUUACUAAAACUUGAAAUUCUAUCAUUAAUCGCAUGUGACUUUAAUUUAGGAGACAUGUUAAAUGAAUUAGGAGAAUAUGUAACUGAUGUCGAUUAGGAGAUUUCUAAAAAAUCAAUCUAAGCUUUAGGAUCUAUUGCUAUUAGAUUACCUGAUUUAGCUACUGCAAUAGUAAAACAAUUAUCUUCUUUUGUAACACUCUAAGAUUAUAUAACGAAUGAAGUAAUUCUUGUGUUUAGGGAUAUUUUAAGAAAAGAUCCUAAACACAUUAAAGAUUGUUUAGAAAUCAUUUAAUCAGAUAAUAUUACAGAUUCUAAUUCAAAAAUAGCUUUAAUUUAUAUUUUAGGCCAAUUUGGAUAACAAAUACCUUUAGCUCCUUAUAUAUUAGAAACUUAUAUAGGGGCAUCAGAAUCUGUAGAUUUAAAAUAAACUCUUUUAACAUCUUGUCUGAAAGUAUUUUUUGUUAGAGCACCAGAAAUGCAUUAAGUUUUAGGUAAGUUAUUCUAUUCAAUUAUAAAAAAUGAAAAUGAAGAUAUUGAUUUAAAGGAUAGAGCAGCUUUCUAUUAUAGAGCAUUACAUUCAAAUCCUAAUGAAGUUAAAUAACUUUGGCAAUAUAGUAUCAAAGUUGAUAAAUUCCUAGAAGAGACUAUCAUUAAUAAAGAAGCUCUUUUAUUUGAAUUCAAUUCUUUAUCUGUUAUUUAUGAGAAAAAUGUUAAUAAAUUUAUCAAACCAAUGGAAUACUUCAAUAAUCUUAGAAAUAAAGAAUUAUAAGAUCUUAAUUAAGAAUAAUAACAAACCAAAACAAAUACAAUUUAAGAAUAAACCUCUGAUGUUAUUGAGAAUCCACAAUCUUAACCUUACCAUUAAACUAAUGAUUUGCUUGAAAUUUCAGAUUAAUCUCAAUAAUAAUAAGCCUAUCUUAGUAUAGAUAGCUUUAUAGUCAAUUAUUCAAUAGAUGCUGAUAAUUUUGAAAAUAUGUGGACUAAUUUAAAUGAUGGGUAAUCAAUUAAUUAUUUAUUAUUUUAGUGCAACUUUCACAAGAAUGUUAGUUCGAAAUGAUAUUGCAAAUGAAGCUUCUAUGGAAUAAUUAUUUAAAUAAUAUAGACUAUAUAAUAUAGCUGCAGGAGAAGAAGAUAAUGUCCUAAAAAUGUAUUUCUAUGGAUCACAUUAAUGUUAAGUUUUUUUUGAAUUUGAGAUCAAUAAGAAUCUUAGUACGGUUAUAUUAAAUACAAGAUCUGAAAUUGAAGAUCAAGCUUAUUUAGCUUCUAAAUAUGUUGAAGAUUUUCUUAAAUAAGUCCGUUUAAUAGAAUGA